CGAAACAAAAAGCGUACGGCUAAUUUGGUUCUUUCUGCAAAAAGCGUACGGCUAAUUUGGUUCUUUCUGCAAAUAUUCUAACGCCAAAUUUCUGUAAAACUCUUUUGAUUCCUACUGAUCGAAGAAUUGUAUGCAAAAUUCUACGACAAUUUUUCCUGAAUUCAGGACAAAACACACACAACUCGUGUAUACAAAACACACACACACACAUUUGUUUCUAGGUUGCUUAUUAGUCGAAAAUGCGUUCGUCAGCGGGUUCCGGGUACCCAAACAAGCAUUUAAAGAGAUGUUUUGAAACCAUGAUGAAUGAUCAUUCACAACCCACAAUGCAUGGGUUGGAUUAUGAGAAGAGCAAGGUGGACCACGAGGAUCUGAAACUAAAACUGAAAUCCUCAAAGCUACAGUUUGAAGUGGAACUGCUGGAGAUGCAAAUAUCAUUGCAAAGAGAUUACAAAGACACUGAUGAAAAACACGGGAUUCUUCGAAAGAGGCUGUCUGAUGAUCAUUCUAAGAUUGUUUAUUGCAUUGAUGAAUUGGGUCUUCUAUGUGCUUAUGAGGCUGUUAAAAUUUGUAUAGUGGACGCCUCAAAAGCCAUAGAAGAAUGUGGUUUCUUUAAGGAUAGUUGUUCAAAUUGUUUACAUUUUCUUGAAGAAUCAUUAUCUAUAAUUGAGAAUGCUUUACCAAAUGGCCAUGAAACUAUUUUUUAUCCUGGAUGUGAAUUUGAAAAGAUGGUAGCAGCUGGCUAUAUCUCACCAAAACUAUACCAACUCGUUAAACUUUUACGGUCACUUGGGGGAGCUACACAAGUGUUGUGCAUCAUUUUGGUAGAGAGAAUUAUAACUGCUAAAGUUCUUGACAUGAUCUUGAAGGGAGUUGGAGAACUGUUUCAUUUUAAAGCUUCAUUGUUGACUAGUAAUACAACGUCGGUAGAUGGAACAACAGCAAAACUAGAAAAAGAAACGCUUGAUUGUUUUCGUUCUAGGAAGGUGAACCUACUCUUUGCUACGGGUGUUGUUGAGGAAGAGAUUGACCUGCCGAAUUGUUCAACCGUGAUUUGUUUUGAUAUCCCAAAAAUGGUGCAUGACAAUGUUCAACAAUGGCGAAGAGUUUGUCAAAGUGGAUGUCCGUGUGUUAUGAUGAUCGAGAGGGGUAAUGAAAAAGAAAGAGAACAUGUUUGUGACAUCAUUAGAAGCGAGCAUUCCAUGAAUAACAAUGCUAGAAAAAGAGAGCAUGACCCGCGUGUUGUGAAAGCAUGUAACGUUGAAGAAACAGAAUCAUAUCGUGUUGAGGCGACAGGAGAUUCUGUCACUGCUGAUUCUAGUAUCAGUCUCAUUCGUAGAGAUUGUCCAGCUGACAAUUCAUCAUCCGUAUCAAAGCAGCUUUUAUGCUUGGAGACCAGUAAAAUACUGCAUCAAAUGGGGUCACUCACUUACGAUGUGCCUCCUAAUAACGAAGCUCCUCCGAAGAAAAAAUCAUCUGAAAAUACCAAAGAAUCGCCCCCUCCUGGUGCAGGAACUACAAAGAGGAAAGAAUUACACGGGACAACACCGAUUCGAGCAGUAUCUGGAACUUGGGGUGAUAAACUUGAUGAUGGCAUAGAUUUUUAUUCUUAUAGAAUCAGUUUCAAAUGUAGCGACGUUGAUGUGGCGUUUUCAAGUUUUGUUCUUUUGCUUGAAUCAAAGCUCGAUGACGAUGUGGCAAAUCUUGAAAUGGAGUUAUACCUCGUGUCAAAGGUAGUAAAUUGCAACGUCUCUUCAUGUGGGAAAUUGCAUCUCAACGCAGAACAGAUUGCGAAAGGCAAGUGCUUCCAUGAGUUAUUCUUUAAUGGAAUAUUUGCCAAGUUGUACGUUGGAUCAAGACAUUCAAGCGAGCCAAGAAAGUUCUUACUAGAAACCGACGUACAAUUGUGGAACUCAUCGUAUAUGUACUUUCUUUUGCCACUGGAGUCGUUAGACCCGUUUAAGAUCAGCUGGAAAGAGAUUGAUUCGUGUGCAUCCGCGAUUGAAUUCAUCAAGAAAUCUUCUUUUUCAAAGGCCGAAAAGCCAAGUGUUGAUUCAAUCAUGACAGAUUCUCGAAGCACAAAUAUUAUUCAUUUUGCCAACAGAUUUGUUCACAAAGAUGAUGUCACAAAAAUGGUAGUUUUGGCAAUUCACACUGGAAAAAUAUACUCGGUUCAUGAGCUUCUACCAGAUAUAACUGCUCACAGUCCUUUCGAUGGAGACACUACAAUAUAUUCAUCAUUCGAGGAUUAUUUUAAAAAGAAGUAUGAAAUUGAUCUAGUGUACCCCGGGCAAAACAUGUUGCGGCUUAAGCAAAGUCAUAAGGCGCAUAACCUUCUUGUGGACUUCAACGGUGAAGGUGUUUUACAUGGAAAAAAGAUAAAGAAUGAUAGUUGUAAGGUGAAUACAGACAAACAGAGAUAUUUUGCUUCUUUACCACCUGAACUUUUGGUUAUUAUCGAUGCAAGGAUUGAUGUUGUGAAAUCGUUGUAUUUGCUGCCGUCAUUAAUGCACCGGCUCGAGUCAUUAAUGUUGGCUAGCCAGCUUCGUGAAGAGAUCACUAGCCGCGUCACUAACAUACACAUCUCAAUCUCAUUGAUUUUGGAGGCGAUCACAACUCUUAGGUGCCACGAAAGCUUUUCAAUGGAGCGAUUAGAGUUGCUUGGUGAUUCGGUGCUCAAGUAUGCAGUGAGUUGUGAUCUUUAUCUUCGUUAUCCGAAGAAGGAUGAAGGACAACUGUCGUCUCGGCGAUCAUGGCAAGUUUGUAAUUCUACCUUGUAUAAUUUGGGAAUCGGUUGUCGUUUACAGAGUUACAUAAGAGAUAUUCCAUUUGAUCCAACCCGCUGGACAGCACCAGGUCAGCUUCCAAUGCGACCAUGCCCGUGUGAUCAUGACGUUGAGACCAUAGAGGUGCCUAUCGACGCCAAAUACCAUACUGAGGACCCAAAAGCUUUCCUCGGAAAAUCCUGUGAUAUGGGCCACAGAUGGUUGGGCUCAAAGACCAUAUCAGACUGUGUUGAGGCCCUCGUUGGAGCUUACUUUGUGGGUGGUGGGUUGACUGGUGCUCUGCAUUGUAUAAAAUGGCUCGGUAUAAGUUGCGAGCUCGACCCAUCACACGUCAUCGAAGCCAUCAUAAACGCUUCACUUCAUGUGUACACCCCAAAACUUGACGUUCUUCGAGGUUUAGAGUCAAAACUCGGUUAUGAAUUUGCGGUCAAAGGCUUGCUAUUAGAAGCCAUCACUCAUGCAUCUAGUCAAGAUCAAGGAGGUGGAUACAGUUACCAGAGGUUAGAAUUUCUUGGUGACUCCGUAUUAGACCUGCUUAUCACCCGGUAUCUCUUCAAAAAGCACAGUGACAUUGAUCCUGGAGAACUAACCGACUUACGCUCAGCAUCUGUAAACAACGAAAAUUUUGCGUAUGCUGCUGUGAGAAGAAAUCUUCAUGCAUACCUCCAGUAUUGUUCAGGCACUCUCCAAACACAAAUAUCAAAUUAUGUAAACUUUGUUGCCACCUCAUCAACCGAUACCAACUCACUCCAGACCAAAAAGAGCCCAAAGGCACUUGGUGACCUGUUUGAGAGUAUUGCGGGGGCCAUAUUACUCGACACAAAACUUGAUCUUGAUGAAGUUUGGAGAAUAUUUGAGCUGCUAUUACCUCCAAUUGUUACACCAGAAAAACUCGAGCUUCCACCAUAUCGGGAGUUAAGAGAGUUUUGUGACUCCAAGGGGUAUUUUGUAAAAGACAGGUAUAGAAGCAAUGGUGAUGCUGUAAUAGCAGAGCUAAGGUUGCAGCUUGAAGAUGCUUUACUGAUUGCAGAGGGUUCGGCUAACACAAGGAAAGUUGCAAGGGGCCAAGCCGCUCUUAAAAUGUUAAGCCAGCUUGAGAAACGAGGAAUUUCAAGAAAGAAUCCGGGUCACAAUGAAAAGAACAUCAAAGUAGCUGCAAGUACCUCCAGUGCCACUGAAUGUUUGAUGGACGAAGAGUCGACUUCCAAAACUGAAAUCCCAAUUCUAAAGUCACUUAACACAAAAAAGGGAGCACCAAGAGCUUCACUUUUUGAAGUGUGCCAGAAAAUGCAGUGGCCAAUGCCUGUCUUCACUUCAUCCGAGCAAAAGUCGAAAUUUCCGAUUGAAAUCGGAGAAGGUGCUAAUAGAAGAACUACACUCACUAUCUUUGAAUCUCGUAUAAGUUUGACUAUUCCAAAUUAUGCUGUUAUUGAACUCAUGGGUGAGCCACGAGCAGAUAAGAAGAGUUCAUUGGACUCUGCAGCUACACUCAUGCUUUAUGAGCUUCAGAAACAUGGAAAGCUUAAAAUUGAGUAGAGAGUUAACAGAUUCGAUAGCCCAGUCAACCUAAAAAUAGAUUGGAAGAUAGAAAACUAACCAUUGAUGUCAAAGAUCUUUUAUUUUUCUAUUGUAGUAAUGCCAAACAAGACAUUAUAAUCAUUACUUGAAAGAUCUAUAUAAUUGAAAGGAUUGAAGCGUCA